AUGGAGAAUCACGAGAAUAGUAGAAACUCCGAAGAGGCGCCGGAGUUCGAGUUCGGAUCGCUGACUCCAUCGUCUCCGUCACAAGACUCGUUCACUGAGAAUUCUCCCGCCGAUCACCUCUUUUUCAACGGCCGUCUCUUGCCACACGCUUUCUCGGCGGCGGGUAAUAAUCCAAAGCUGUCAGUCUCACGUACCACCAGCGAAUACACCUCACGGAGCAAUAGUACUAACAGCCGGAGUAGCAUUUGUAGUAGCAGCUCAACUUCUUACUCUCCGCGAAUGAGCAGUUUUAACGUUAACAACAACAAUAGUCCCCUUGACCACAAGCCGUUGGAUAUGAAUCCACCGAUAAGCAUGUGUGGUAAAGCAGUAAAUACGCCGAGGAUGAAGGCAACGGAGAUGGUGACAGCGUCUCUAUACAGGUCGUAUUCAUCGCAGCGGUGGCAAUAUAUAACUCCGGCGCCGGUGAAACGGAGUAGAGGGAUUAGAGUCGGUGGUGGACGGAAGAAGAAGGCGGCGAGGAUGAAGAAGAUGUCCGAGGAGAGUGGAGGGAGCAGGGUGAUGAAGUGGUGGAGAAGACUUUUGAUGGCGGCGAUUUUUGCUUGUAGAGAGUGUCAUGCAUUGGAGGGAGCCUGA